AUGGAUGACGCCGUGAAAGUGACCCUAACGCGGUCCUUGUUGGAGCGCGUGGUGACGCGCGUCAACGGACACACUGUGGAGACCGCACAGGCCUUGGUGCGCCAGAAGGUCGACGACAUCAGCGAUGUCCUCAGCAGCAACGAGGACACCCCAACCUCCUUCUUGGACCUGGCCUCGACCGGCGUCACCUGCGACGACCAGCUCAUCCUCCACACCACCAAGCGCGAGCAGGCUGCGGCCGAGGCACUCGUUGAGGAGACCAUUCAUAGGCUGCUGCUCGACAACACGUCCCUCAUCGCCCACGUGUGCGAUCAUCAGGCAAACGUGCUCAACUGCAACCUGGACACGCUCCAGCGCGACAUCUGCCGCCCCGUCAACGUCACGUUGGAGGGCGCCUUGGAGCGCCUCUGCCGCCCGCGCGUCUACAACAUCAUCCGUUGCGCACGUCGUGUGGGCGGGCGCCGUCGCAUGCAGAUUCGUAAGGGAAGCAUGACGCAAGACCUCGACCUGCAGGCCGUUGUCAACUCGGCCAAUUCACGGCUGCUGCCCAAUGGUGGCGCGGCGCUGGCCAUCUCCCAGGCGUGCGGCACAGCGUAUGACGCCGCAUGCGCGGAGAGUGUGCGCGCCUUUGGCCGGCUGCGCGUCGCCGACGAUGUCAGGUGCACCCCUUCGUUUUCCCUGGCGCAGAGCCGCGGCAGCAGGCUCGCCCACGUGCUGCACGUCGUUGCACCCACGCAUGGCGAAGCCCCGCAGUCGCAGCUGCUGGAGGACAUGUACGUCAACAUCCUCAACAAAGCACGCGACCAGGACAUCCGGUCGGUCACCAUGUGCGCCAUCGCGUGUGGCGCUGGCGGCACGCAGCCGAGCGUGUCUGCAGAGGCCCUGUUCCGCGCCGCGGACGUGGCUGACCCCGACGGCUGCUUCUUCGACACGAUUCGCGUGAGCAUCAUCCCAACGGACGCGGCGACGCUGCAGGCAUACGUGGACACGUUUGACCGCUUCUACGCGGCGAGUGGCGCGGCCUCGCACUACUGCAUCGAGCCCAGCUCCCCGUUCACAGCAAACGUGUGUUCCAGUCACGACGACGACGACGACGACAACGAUGACGCUGUCGAUGACGAUGAUGAUGGUGGCGAUGGCCCUGUGCAUGGCGAUUUUGCUGGUAGCCAUGGAAGCAGUGGAAGCAGUGGAAGCAGUAGCAGCAAGGGAAGCAAAAAAAGCAAUGGCCACGGUGCAAGGAAGCGGAAACAACGCCGGCGCCGUCGAAAGGGCGGGAGCGAUGGUGGCGGGUGCAAGUUUGUGUGGUCGCGAACGCGGGUGCCACUGAAAACGGCGCCCAACAACGUAAAUGCGGUUGUGCACCACCUCAUCCCCUUUGCACCUGAAGCCAUUCCGCUCAUCGAUAGCGCGUUCAGCGCGUAUUGCAAGCGCCAUGGCACGCCACCGCUGACAAUGGUGGACCGAGUCGCAACGACACCUCCCUUUGGGCAGCUGGGCACAUACAAAGACAGCUGGCAGAUGAGCAAGGAGGCUGCGGCGUCACUUCGGCACCACCCAGUCAUCAGCCGUCACGUUGCAUUCUACAAUCGCGAUGCAUGGAAGGAUGCUCGCUUUUUUCGCUUCAAGAUUCAACACACAACCAGCACACCCGGCAUCUUCACCUGGACAUACUACAUUAUCGAUUUCCAGGACAUGUGGGUGUACCAGGUGACCGACCCAAACAUAUUAAACCUCACCACCAGCAGUGCAACCACCACUAAUGACGGCGAUGACGACAUCGUACUGGCGUAUGCACUCCACUGCUCGCCGUUCCACCUGCCCAGCAACCUGCCCACCGCCAUCGACAUGGAGAGCGACGCG